AUGACGGACGACGCUGCCGCCGCCGCUACUGUUGCACCGAUCGUUAACGUGCAAACGCCACGACACUUCCGUGCUCCACCGUUCACGGAAAGCAACGUGAAAUUAUGGUUUCGGUUGAUGGAGGUUGACAUUAAAAAAACGAAGAUGGCCAUAAAAUCUCCGGCAUUUCGUUCAAGAUUUAUGAAGUUUUUUUGUAUAAAACGCUUGACGAUUAGUCCGUACAGUAGUAACUGGGGCGUUACGAUGAUUAAUACAAAAGUGAUAAGUUAUUCUUGGACCAUCAGUAACUACAGCUUGAACGAUUUGAAGCAAGGCGAGAGUUUCAAGUCACCGAUAUUUUCGGGAGACGGAGGCGACGAGUACCUGUGGCAAUUGCGAUGGUUCCCAAAGGGACGCGCAUUCCAGGACUAUUAUGUAAACAACAAAAAAACCUACGCUCGCUCGGCUACACAAAAGUUUUCCGAGACCGAAUUGGGUUGGUUUGAUUUUAUCAGACAGAGUGAUUUGCGAAAUAACGGCAAAAAUUUGUUGCCCGAUGAUACUCUAACGAUAUUCAUCGAAAUCACCGUGCAAGAAGGAACUAACAAUCUGUCCGGUAACUGUCGAUUUUCUGAUACAGUUUUGUUCGACGACUAUUUCACAAAAUUUCUGGAAAACAAUUUUCUAAGUGAUGUGCAGUUGAACGUAGGCGGUCAAGUGAUUCAAGCGCAUCAUGUGGUUUUAGCGGCGCAUAUUGAUGUUAUGUUAAUGAGGCAAAUAGUGCGACUUAUGUACACGGGAAAAAUUGAUAUUCCCGACGCUAUGGCAAAAGAACUACUGAAAUUAUCUGAUCAAUUUGGCAUAGAAAAACUCAAGUUGAUUUGCCAAGAGACCUUAUGUAAAUCCAUGAAACCGAUUAAUGCCACGGACAUUUUGGUACUUGCUACACUUCACAAUGCUACAAAUCUUGAAAAAGAGGCUUUGAAUUACAAAGCAGCUCAUGCUGGGAGUGUUGUUAAUACUCCUGGCUUCAUAACAUUCGAAAAAUCAUAUCCGAAUCCGUUCUACCUGAUUUUUCGUACAUUAAAUUAUCCAUUGUUAACGUUAACAUGUAAGGAGAGUGGUGCAAUGAACGGAGAACAAAAAGUACAAACACUUAUUACCAGAUUUGAGAGCAUCCUAUUUUCCAAGUCAGUGUUAGAGAGGAUGUCGGAGUACCGGUCACUAUAG